UUUUAUCAAUUUCAAUGGGGGUUUCUGCUUUCCUUAGCAAACAUCUUUCCUUUCAAACCAAGGCACCGCAGAUGCCCCAAUGACUUCUAAAUAUGGACUUGGUAAGAAGUACCAUCAGAGUCCAUGUGCUCAUUCCUUGUUUUCUCCUAAACCAGGAUUUUCCAAUCCCAAACUUUGGCCAGAUGGAGAAGCAGGCUGUGAGGAAGAGGAAGAUGCCCCAGGACACCCAGGCAGACAAGGAGCUGAGGAUGGAGACCAGGGAGGACAAAUCCCCACAGCAGAACCUCGUGGAAGAGGCUGAUUUGAGCAGCUCCAUGGCUCAGGAAUCCAACGGGGAGGAAAAGCUCCAGAGAUCCCGCAGGAGGAGGGGCUCCAAAGCCAUCCCAGGGUGCUCUGAGGAGGAAAGACCCACCCUGUGCCGGGAAGGCGGCCGGAGAUCCAGUCAGGGCUCUGAGCUGGUGGUCCAUGAGCAGCUUCAGGAUGGGGAGAAGCCCUACAAGUGCUUGGAGUGUGGGAAGAGCUUCAGCCAGA